CAUGGACAAAGGUAGUUCUUUCAAUGAAUUUGGCCUAAUGGGUAAAAUUGAUGGCUUCGUUAGGGAGGAUAAUCUCAAAGAGGAUGCUAUUAAAAUUGUGAAGAAGAUAAAACCAGAAUGGAAAGAUGAAGAUAUACAAACGAAAGAAUUUUCCGAGGGUAUUACCAAUAAGAUUAUACUUAUUUGGAGUGGAGAGAGGGAGAAUGGUAUCCUAGUUAGAGUUUAUGGCGCUAAUACUGAUGUCAUUAUUGAUAGAAGCGUCGAACGCCGAAAUAUUCAAUUGUUGUGUAAAGUUGGAUGUUCGAAACCUCUAUAUGCUACUUUUGAUAAUGGAAUUGCUUACGGAUUUAUUGAAGGCGUCACUUUGGACGAAGAAACUGUAAAAGAUCCUGAAAUUUAUAGAUGUAUUUGCAAGGAGAUAAUUAGAUUUCAUUCUGUUGAGUGUGAUGGGGAAAAAUCAGCCUAUAUCUGGACAAAGACCAGAAUGUUUAUUGAAAAUAUGCCAGAAAAAUUUCCCGAAGAGGAACGCACUAAAAAGUUGAAAGAAAAGAUUGCCUCGAAAGAAACUCUCUUAAAUGAGAUGGAAAUGUUGCAAAAUGAAUUGUCGAAUUUAGAUUCUCCCGUAUGCUUUUGCCAUAACGAUUUAUUAUUGCAAAAUCUUAUUUAUAAUAAAGAAAAAAACAGAGUUUACUUUAUCGAUUACGAAUACGGAUUUUACAACUACGAGGCAUUUGAUAUAGCCAAUCACUUCAACGAAUACGCCGGAGUUAAUGAAGUAGACUAUUCAAGAUAUCCGGAUAAAGAAUAUCAAAUGAAAUGGCUCAAGACAUUUCUACGAGAGAAAAACGGUGGAGAUGUGGACAAUAAAGAAGUUGAAAAGCUUUAUGUUCAAGUUAAUAAGUUUUCCUUAUUAUCUCACUUUUUCUGGGGUGUUUGGGCUCUAAUUCAAGCGGCAAAUUCUUCAAUUGAUUUUGAUUUCUUAGAAUAUUCUAUCGUAAGAUUUGGGGAGUAUAAUAGAAAAAAAGAUGAAUUCUUAAAGUUAACUUUAUGA